AUGACAUCACUUGAAACCUUCUACGAGGACAACGAUGACGGCACAGUCACUUUCGAGCCGCUUUGUUGCUCUUUCAAGCACAUCCAAGGGCUGCAACCAGGCAGGCAUAUCGGCCAGGGCCUCCAACUCUGCUGCAGGCGUGGCCGCCCGAGUCUAGCCCGUGAAGAUCUCCGGCCCUUGGUCGUGGGACAUCCUUGCCAAGCGGCCGAAUUCCUGGUGGCCACCGAGUGCUGA